AUGUCCAAACGAACCGUCUUCACAACCGUCACCCCCCUCCCCCUCGGGCUCACCCGCGACGCAGCAGUCGCCUUCCUCCACGACCACAUCCAAAUGAUUGACCUCAACCCGCUCAUCAAGGAACGUCACCGCAUCCCGCCGCCCAGCCACGCGCCCGACGAGGAACUCGCCUGCGUGUGGUACUCCCUCACCGACAAGGUGUCCUACCUCCCCGGCGGCCUCGCCUCCAGCGACGUCACCUACACAGCAGCCUUCCACGACCUCACCCGCGGCAUCCAGACGCACUGCUAUGCGCCCAUGGGCGUCGAAACACGCUCCAAGUGGUCCAUCGGGGGGAACAUGCCGGGCGAGCCAGCCGAGCCGAUAGAGCUGGGCCUCGGCGCCCCCUCGACGGGACUGUACCUACGGGAGGAUGUCGAUCUACGGUGCAACAUCUUCAUGGCGGGCUUUGUGAAGAAGACGAUCAAGAAGAGCCACUCUACGCUUGUGGAUCGACUUCACGAGCUGGCAAGGAAACUUGCCAAGAACGGGGCAUCGACGGGCGUACAGAAGGAUAAGAUACUGCCUAGUUUUGCGUGGCAGCGUGAUAAUAACAUCCAGGGCCAUGGGAGGAACGCCAGCAGUCCGACAUUGACGAGUGGUGUGAGUCCGUUUCAUGAUCGGCCGCUGCCGCCUACACCACCUGCUGAGCUGGACGAUGCAAAGGUUCUGCCGUCAUAUCAUCCCUUUGGACAGCAACCACAAGCUGCGGAACUUCAAUAA